AUUCACAAUUCGACCGUCAAACGAUUAACUCGGAAAGCACAAAAGUUUAAUAAUUUCUCGUGAUUUACUAAGAAGAAACAUAUUUCCGCCUAAAUAUUCCUUAUAGAUCAACUGAGAUUUGUGGAAUAAGUAGAUUUUUAAAGAUUUGUGAGGUAUCAGGUUUUUAGCUCCAAGCUCAUGCAGAAUAACCUGACAAAGUUCAAUAAAGGAGAAAACUAUUAGAUAAGAAGUUUAUUGGAAUUUUUUUCGGUAUUAUUGCGUAUCAUAAGAAAUAUUGUGCCGAAUCGUGAAAAGAUCAAAAAUUUGAGAACAAUAUUUUGUAAUUCUUUAAUGUUUGUUUUGCGAAAUAAAUAAGAAAUGACAACGUGGAUUAGCAGCAAACUAUGUGACCUAUAGUGAUACUUAGGAAAGUUGUGUGAUUGAAACUUUAAAAUUGACACUUAAGAAAAAAGACUGAUUAAAAUUACACCGUAAACAUGUCAGAACGCGACUCCAUCAUUCAUCUUGUAGCUGGCGGGGUUGCUGGCACAUCAGGAGCUGUUGUCACUUGUCCACUAGAAGUUGUUAAGACUCGUUUGCAGAGUUCAAAUGCCUUCUCACCAGUUCAUGCAUCGAGAAUAUCCGAAUUGCCUGGCAUGCAAAAUCCAACAAGUGACGCCUUAAGACGCCCAGAACAACGACGAAAAUUUAGCUCGACAAUUCUGAGAAGAGUCAGACCACAGGUUUAUGCCAUUUCUCAUUGCGGAAUUUCAUCAGCACCCAAGUCGAUGAGCAUUCUUCAAUGUCUACGACAUAUUGUUCAGAAUGAAGGAUCGCGUGCAUUGUUUAAAGGGCUUGGACCAAAUAUUGUUGGUGUUGCACCAUCAAGAGCUAUUUAUUUUUGUACCUACAGUCAAACCAAGGGAGCUUUAAGCUCAUUCGGAAUUUUUCCAACUGACUCACCAUUCUCGCACAUUUUAAGUGCUUCAUGUGCUGGAUUUGUUUCAUCAACCGCCACAAAUCCAAUUUGGUUUGUGAAGACACGCCUUCAAUUAGAUCAUGAUUCAAACAGUAAAAUGAAUGUAAGAGAAUGCAUCAAACGAAUCUACCAAAAAAAUGGACUUCGAGGAUUCUACAAAGGAAUCACUGCAAGCUACUUUGGAAUAUCUGAGACUGUCGUACAUUUCGUGAUUUAUGAAGCGCUUAAAAAGAAAUUGGUUGAGAUGCGCCAAAAACGUCCCGAAGAUGGCAAAUCAACUCGUGAUUUUGUUGAAUUUAUGUUAGCUGGGGCAACAUCAAAGACAAUUGCGUCUUGCAUUGCUUAUCCUCAUGAAGUCGCUAGAACAAGAUUACGUGAAGAAGGUAGCAAGUACCAUCGCUUCUGGCAAACACUUUUCUUAGUGUGGAAGGAGGAAGGUAAAGCGGGAUUAUAUCGAGGCUUGGCGACCCAACUCGUACGUCAGAUUCCAAAUACCGCCAUCAUGAUGGCAACUUAUGAGGCUGUUGUGUAUGUGUUAUCAAUGAAAUUUAAUGCGACAUUCUAUUUAGAAGGACAUCGCAAUGGAAAUUCAAACGGAAAGAGUCAGUAGCCGAUAAUCUCAGAAUUAUGAUUUUCUUUAUUUCGUUUUCUUUUGUUUUAAUUUCAAGUUAAGAAUACUUAUUUACAUAAAUUACUUUGCUUUAGCUUAAGUUCAUGUGCUCACCUUCUCCAAAUGAAAAAUGUGCCACCAAAUAUCAUAAGAUUAUUGCAAUUUGAAAGGAUUUCUAUUUUUAUUUUGAUAGCUGUUUGAAAUAUUUUACUUGUAGGUAAUAGUUAUCAAUAUCAGUUUAUCUCGGAAAGUUAACAUUUUGAUGGUUGAAGAAUGCAAAAUAUGAAUUUACCCUUCAUUUCUUGAUUCAGAAGUUUAUCUAAAUGAAAAUGAAAUUAAUCCCUUUAAGAUAUUGCGAUAUAAGGCUUAGCUUUCAUAAGAAUUCUUAAAGAUAUCAAAGAUAAAAUUAAUGCCAUAAAUAAGCAUGCACAAUGUUAAGAUGUUAAUGAAAUUUGAUUUCCUUUAUAAUUAUAAACAUAAUUGUGAGCUCAAGACUCGACUUUUAAGCACUUAAUUUUAUAGCAAAACGCUUAAUUAAUGCUCUACUGAUAAUGUUGUAAAAUUGCUCAAAAUUUAUUAAAGUUAUGUGAAGUCACAAACAUCGCUUUCAUUGAGGAGAAAAAUAAUUGAAAGAAAAAAUCAAACUUGUCGAGAAGUCUUUUUAAAUUGAAAAUUUUGAAGACAACGCUGUGAUAGCAUAGAAUGAUUCGUAGUUAUAUCAUCGAUAUUCGAAAAAAAAACAAACUUAUGAACAGUGGAAUAAAAAUUCUUUUUAAAAC